UUCGUCGUUUCCGUGGAGGUGGAUAGGACAAGAAUGAGCUCGAUGUCGAAUGGGAGCGGGGGUAGCAAUGGGGCGGCGUCGGGCGGGAUAGGUAGUGUCAAUGGGGGCCUGAAGAGGCGGCUAUCAAAUUCUCCAACCAAGCUUUCAAAGCGCUUUGUGAACGCUGGGGCCCUGGCGCCAUCCUCGUCGCUGUCUCCAUCGUCAUCCUCCUCCUCCCUGCCAUCUUCGCCGACGAAGAAGACGCUGGUGGAUCCCAGGAUCACCGAGUCUCGAAAAAAGCUGCCGAUAUGGGCAGGGAGAGAGGGAAUCGUGGAUGCUGUUCGAGAAAAUGACACCGUUGUUGUCCUCGGAGAAACAGGCAGCGGAAAGACGACCCAAAUACCUCAAUUCCUCUAUGAAGCUGGCCUUGGAGGACCUUCGUCGCAGAUGAUUGGCAUCACACAGCCCAGAAGGGUUGCCGCCACGUCUCUGGCCAAACGCGUGGCCGUCGAGAUGGGCGUCAAGGAGCUCGGGGCCGAGGUGGGCUACUCGAUCCGAUUCGAUGACCGGACCUCCAACAAGACGAGAAUCAAGUUUAUGACCGAUGGCUGGCUUCUGCGAGAGAUGCUCAGCGGCAAAGACGAUGGAGCAAUGACACGCUACUCCAUCUUGAUUCUCGACGAAGCCCACGAACGGUCGGUACAUACCGAUGUCCUUCUGGGCCUCGCAAAGAGGGCCCAGCGGCUGCGAAGGAAGAUGGGAGAAAAGUACAGUCCGCUCAAGAUUGUCGUCAUGUCGGCUACCAUCGAUGCCGAAGCCUUUUCCCAGUACUUCGCUCCUCUGGCCGCCCCCAUCCUCUAUGUCAAGGGCCGACAGUUUCCCAUUACGCUUUACCACUCCACCGAAGCGUUGCAGGACUGGGUCGAAGCGGCCAAGAAGCUGUUGGUGCAGAUUGGAGAUCUCCCUCCAGGAGACGUCCUCGUCUUCAUGACGGGCGCCGAGGAGAUCGAGUCCUUUGCUCGACAGCUCCACGAGCUUAAUCAGGCGCUCAAGCUUCACGCCCAGGGUGCCAAUUCUCGACCACCUCCAGAGUUCAUCAUCUGCCCGCUCUAUGCAGCUUUGGGUCCCGGCGCUGUGGCCAAGGUGUACGCAGCUACGCCGCCCGGCUGCCGCAAGGUGGUCUUGGCUACCAACAUCGCCGAGACAAGUAUCACGAUACCCGGCAUCGGUUAUGUCAUCGACUGCGGCCUGGCCAAGCAGCGAUCCGGCGGAGGCGUCUCGGUAGACAUGCUUGAGGUGAAGCCGAUCAGCAAGUCGGCUGCACGCCAGAGGGCGGGUCGAGCGGGUCGAGAUGGAUCUGGUUCGUGCUACAGGCUAUACCGCGAGGACGUUUUUGACUCGCUCGAAGACACGAGCCCGCCCGAGAUCCUUAGGGCAGACUUGACCUCGACCAUGCUCGAUGUCCUCGCCAUGGGAUUGGACCCGCUGUCGUUCGACUGGAUGGACCGACCAGACGACGAGGCGAUGAAGGAGUCGCUGGUCCUGCUCCUGGAAUUGGGAGCGCUGCAACAUCCCACGUCGCAGGCUAAUGGCAAAGUAAGGCCAGAGGAGAACGGCCAUGCCGAGGAAGAGGACAUGGUGCCCCGAUUCGAGCUGACACCACUCGGUCGGCGCAUGGCUGCCUUGCCUCUAACUCCCCCGCUUUCGCGCACCCUGAUCGCUGCGUCGGAGUUGGGACUCGACACCCCUAGGCAGGCCCUGGCACUCGUCUCGAUCCUCUCCUCUGAGCGAAGAUCCAUUCUCAUCGACCCACCCAUGCUCGCCGCCGACGAUGAAGCAUCGAGCAAGCGGCGAGAAGAGGCCGAUCGAGCUCGGCACCGAAUGGCGCACAAGUCCGGCGAUCACAUCACGCAGCUGAAAGCCCUCUAUGCGUUUGAGGAGCAAGAGCGCGCUUCGAAGAGAUUGUUGGAGGCUGCUGCGAAUGGAGCGGGGAGCGCCAAAGCGGCCUCGGCCAUGCUCAAGGAUUGGUGCGAGACAAAUUUCGUCUCGUUGAAGGCUGUCAGAGAGGUUCAGAAGAUCCGAGAACAGCUGCGGACCAUCUGCAAGCGCCUUGGAAUGGCCGUCGAGGCUGAUAAGGAUGGGGACGAUGCCGAAAUGAAAGGAAAAGGGGAGGAAGACGAUGCGAGCAGUAGCGAUGACGAAGAAAAACAAAAUGAUGGGCUCUACGUCACCAAGGGUGGCGCUUCCCAUCGCACCGCCGCACACAACCACGGAGGCGCCGACAGCGACGACUCGUACGAGUCCCUGCUUCGGGCGCUCAUUGCAGGACGCAAGACCAAUGCAGCAUUCCGCCAGCCAGAUGGCCACACCUAUACCCGAGCGUUUUCAAAGGAUACGUUCAAGAUCCACCCUUCGUCGACUCUCUUCAGUGCUCGAAGGACACCGCCAAACGUCAUCUUCUUUGAUGAGCUCACAUUUACAACGCAAAUCUUUGCUAGAGGCGUCAGUGCCAUCGAGCCGAGCUGGCUCCAAUAGAAGUAGGAGGCGCAAAGGACCUGGAUCUCCUGUACACCACCUCGUCAACAAUGACUAUGUACUCAGAGCUCUGACUGGCUCUACUAAUUCAAAUUAUAUAGACAAAUGAGAGCGAGAAGAGAGAGAUGGGGGAAGAUGAAAGAAAGGAGACAAAACUUGAUCUUCACUCCUACCGCUGGCCUUGAAUCUCUCUUUCAAAGGCUUCGCUCGGGUCCUCCAUCAUCUGCGCAUCGCUCAGCAUCCCGCUUGCCGUCUCUGUCGCUGUGCCCCCAUGCACAAGUCCGCUGCUGGCGCCCAUAACGUUUCCAGAUACGUCGCCCUUGAUUUCGUCGCGCGUGGGGAUUGGCAGGCUGUUCAGAGGAUCUCGCAACAGUCAGCUCAACGAUCAGACGGGCAGUCAAGCCAAGGUCCAAAAACGCACCUCUCUUGCCUCUUUGGCUGCUGCACCCUCGUCCGUCCCCUGACC